CUCAUGUUUCUCCGCUAUGUCCUAGAUACUCUCCCACUCAGCGACGCCAAAGUUGCUGCCAGCUGCUUCACUCCAAGAUCUCCAUGUCCCACCACUAGUGCUACUCCAAAAUCCGCCUUCGACCAGCCAUCCAAAUGGCUUGAAGCAGAAAAUCGCUUGAUAAAAUUGGCCGGCCCUUUCAGAAGUGGCACACGCACAGCAACGGCGCCGAACAGACAGCAACGGAUGAUAUGCAAGGUCGUCGGGAUCAUCACAUUUAUUGAUCGUACAGUCUUUCUCGAUGUCGUUGUUAACCCGAUGUUCGAACCCGAUGAAUCAGGCACCCCCUUCCCUGACUUACGUUUCGCUCUAGAGCUUGGCAGAGUACCUUCUUGGGGCAUCAGCCAGUUCGCUUAUUGGAUCAAGUCGUUUUGUAUCUUCAAUCCUAGGGAUGGGCCGGACAGAUAUACUGGUAUCUGGACCAGGUGGAUGCCAGAGGGGAUUAGCGGACAGCAAUGAGAUCUUCAGGGGAAUCAGGCCCUUGGACGCACAUAGACAUGUUGCGAGGUCACCCUUGACAGUGUUGGUGUCAAUUCUGGAGCGGUGUCACGUAGGGAUCAAAGGGUGGGAAAUAUACAUUCAGGUCAAGCUAUAUCCAUGCCGUACAGUAC